CAAAAAAGAAAUUCCUGCGUUUGCUAUAAUCUAAGGAACAAUGAAGCAGAUGAUUUUUUUUUCAAUCCUCUGUUUUGUUCUGAUAAGCUUCGGUGUUGCUUCAGUUUCCGCACAACUACAUUGCAUGAACAUUGGGUACGGUUCCAACAGUACUUUCGACGCAAAUCUCCGACUAAUACUCUCUUCUCUUCCUUCCAAUGUCACUGCUCAAGAUGGCUUCUUCUACAACGGUUCAGUCGGACAGAAACCAAACCGUGUCUAUGCAACAGGGAUGUGCAUCCCAGGGUCAUCUUUAGGUGACUGUUCUGAAUGUAUCAAGACAGCUUCUGCUGGUUUGAUACAGAGUUGUCGUAACCAGUUAGAAGCGUAUUCAUGGCAAGGUAAGCCUACGCUUUGCCAUGUGCACUACUGCAAUACUUCUUUCUUGGGAUCUGCAGAUCUAGGCCUUAUAAAUUUGGCCUACCAAGGUGAUAGCAACUCAAACCUAACGGAGUUCACGGCCAUAUGGGGAGACUUAGUUGUUCGUAUGAUUGCUGCAGCCUCCACAUCAAAAAGCACACCAUCGUCUAGUAAUAACCAUUACGCAGCUGAUGUUGUAGCCUUGACAAAAUUCCAAAAUAUAUAUGCAUUGAUGCAAUGUGCGCCGGAUAUUUCUUCACGUGAUUGUGAAAAAUGUCUGAAACAACAGCCGUCAUGCUGUGGUCAGGAGCAAGAUGGCGUUAUUAUACGGCCAAGCUGCUUUUUCCGUUGGAGUUUGUAUACAUUCUCUAAGGCUUUUGAUAAUAUUACGGUGGCUUUUUCUCCUCCUCCGCUGCAACCUCCUUCUGACAAUGGUAGUAGAGAAAACUCAACAAGAGCAAUUGUGGAAAUUGUUGUUCCCACUGUAGUAGUUGUCAUCAUCAUCUUAGUACUGCUUGCUCGGCGAUCUGCUGUACUUUGCUGGCGGAGAAUACCAUCUCGAGAUAUUGACUUUGAUCAAUCUGGUAUUACAAAUGUACGCUCCCUCCAAUUCGAUUAUAAGACAAUUGAAGUUGCCACUGAAAAAUUUAGUAACAAGCUUGGUCAAGGUGGAUUUGGCGAAGUUUUCAAGGGUAUGUUGCCUAAUGGAACCGAAGUUGCUGUGAAGAGGCUAGCAAAAACAUCAGCACAAGGCGCACAAGAGUUCAAGAAUGAGGUUGUUGUUGUUGCAAAACUUCAGCAUAGAAAUCUUGUUAGGCUUCAUGGGUUUUGUCUAGAAGGAGAAGAAAAGAUACUUGUGUUCGAGUUUGUCCCCAACAAGAGCCUCGAUUACUUCCUCUUUGACCCUGCAAAGCAAGGGCAGCUAUACUGGAUGAAACGAUAUAACAUUAUUGUGGGAAUCACUCGAGGAAUUCUAUAUCUUCACGAAGAUUCACGGCUCACAAUCAUACACCGUGAUCUCAAAGCCAGCAAUAUUCUCUUAGAUGCAGAUCUGAAUCCGAAAAUUGCUGAUUUUGGAACGGCUAGGAUUUUUGGGAUGAACCAAAGUGGAGCUAAUACAAAAAGAAUAGUUGGGACACGCGGUUACAUGUCCCCAGAAUACAUGAUGCAAGGCCAGUUCUCAACGAAAUCAGAUGUCUAUAGUUUUGGAGUCUUAGUUCUUGAAAUUAUAUGUGGUCAGAAAAACAUAUUCCUCCCGCAGUUAGACACUACAGUUGAGAAUUUGGUAACAUACGCUUGGAGGUUAUGGAGAGACGGGACACCAUUAGAACUCGUGGAUCCAACCAUUUCAGAGAAUUGUCCAACCGAAGAAGUGAAAAGAUGCAUCCACAUUGCGCUGCUAUGUGUUCAACACAAUCCCACAGAUCGUCCAAACUUGUCGACAGUUAACAUGAUGCUCACUAGAAACUCCCUCAAUUUACCUGCUCCUCAACAACCUGGAUUCUUCUUUCCAAAUAGACGCAACCAAGAACACGGUGGCCUAGAGUCUAGCCAGUCUACGAACAAGUCCAAUUCCCAAACUAUCAAUGAUGUAACCAUUACAGAUCCUGAACCUCGUUGAAGAUCACCGAAACUAUGUCUGUAAUGUCCUAUUCAAA